AUGCCGUUUAGUUUAACGAUCCUUUACUGGGAGUUUGAAGCCUCCAUACCUGAAGACCCUGAAGUCCCUGAAGUCCCUGAGGACCCUGAGAAUCCCGAAGACCCUGAAGACCCUGAAGACCCUGAAGUCCCUGAAGUCCCUGAAGUCCCUGAAGUCCCUGAAGUCCCUGAAGUCCCUGAAGUCCCUGAGGACCCUGGAGUCCCUGAGAAUCCCGAAGAUCCGGAACAUGCAUUUGGUUCAAAUCUUUGCCAGAUAUAUUUGGCAGAGCUCUUCAUCUACUACCCCCGCCAGCUGUGGCGGAUGGAACUCAGGAAUUUGGUUGACAAAACUGGAUUGUUUAUUUUAUGA